AUAAAAAAUCUAGUAAUAAAGUAGGUGCUAUAAAAGGUAACUGGGUGCGUAGCCACGGCACGUUGAUUAAGCACCCUGUGAACUCUAUAUUUGUGUGUCCAACUUUAAUAAAAGUCAAGCUUUUAAUAUUAAUAAGUAAAGCUCGAAAUAUGAUAAUGGAUGAUGAUAAUGAAAAAUAUUUAAUUAAGUUAAUGUGUAAAUUAUUAAUUAAAAACUGAGUAACCAACGGUUCAGGCUACUUGAAGUUCUCCACAUCAAGGAACAGCUGCGCUAUAACAACAAUAGAUAAGGUUAUGUCCAUUUCUAGCUAGCUGUUGUAGGCAAAAUGGCCUGCUGUGCUGUUCUAUCUGACAUGGUGUUAUAACUAAUCGUAGAAAUAUAUUAUGACUUUUUGUUUGUCAAACAUAGGUAUUAUAUAUAAUAUUAAAAAAUUAUGUUGUUGUUAAAAAACAACACGCGUAAAAUUGAUAAUUUUAUUGCAGUAAGCUGAUUUUGGUACUUUGAAACUUUUAAUAUUCAGGUAGUUUUCGUUUAACUUUAUAAUGACAGUUGUUUCGAGUGGUUUUCUAGGGUAAAAAGAAAAAAUAAGCUAAUGUACCUAAAGUGUAUUUGGGUAAUUAUGGAAACUUCAUGAUGUCGGGUAAAUCCGAAAACCACCCAUCAUGAUAUUUUAUUUUUUAUACUACGUAUCCGACAAUUUUAUGUAUUUGUGUUUACCUGAAUACACCUUACAUAUUUUUACUCACCCACCAUACCCUGGUAAAAUCCUCCGGUCCAGCCCUGCCGGUGAUCUUGGCCACAGAUCUUGACCCAUUAAACACGCCCGAUGUUCUGUCGCUUCAAAUAUUUUUAGAACGGCAGUCGUCGAGUAGUGUCGGUACUCGCGCGGCGCGCGAACGUGGACGGGAGCUCGCCAUGGCGUCCCGCGGCAUCAGACGGAAGAAGUCCUCACUCUCGGAGGUGAAAGUUGCGGUGGUCGGCGCACCCUCGGUUGGAAAAAGUGCUCUGACGGUUCGAUUUCUAACAAAAAGAUACAUCGGCGAAUAUGAUCAUCAACAAGACAGCAAGUACAAGCAUGAAGUGUUACUGGACGGCGACCCAAUCCUGUUCGAGAUCCUGGACACGUGCCCAAAGAGCACAGAGGAUCUACCAACGCAUGACAUCGCACAGUGGGCGGACGGCUUGUGCCUAGUGUACUCUAUCACGGAUCGGCAGUCGUUCAACUUCGUGCGGCGCGCCAAGCAGAGCCUACAACCAGACGUACCACUCACGCUUGUGGGUAAUAAAGCUGACAUGGUGCAUCUGAGACAGGUGAGCCCUGACGAAGGCGAGAUCCUGGCAAAAGACUUCGAGUGCAGUUUCCGAGAGGUCGCGGCAGCCGAACAGGUGGUCCAAGUGAGCGAGGUCUUCCAAGACCUAUGUCGCGAAGUACUCCAGCUCAGACGCCGUGCUAAGCACAGCUUGCUGGACCGCAUGCUGGGAACGAAGACGGCUUACAGGGUGUAUUCUAGAGGGAAGAGCGACAGCGCGUUGCCGAAGGAUUAAUUUGUUGUAAAUCGACUUUUAAGCAACUUCUAGAAACUUAGGAAGCCGCAUUGAGCGUUCCAUAUAGGGUAGCCUGCACUUCUCGUCCAAAUCAGAUUAUGUAAACGACAAAUCGAUUUGUUUUGUUCUUGAUUAUAUGGAAAAAAUGUGGAUAACAGCGCUCACAUUAUCGUUUGCAGAAUCCCUAAUAUACGUGUAGGAUGAGAAAUGCAAGCACAGAAUAUUUUUAGUAUGUUUUUACUUUAUGGAAUAGACAAUUACUAAAGUACUCCGACUUGAGUACUCACCUGUGACAUUCACGUAUAUGAAUCUGGUUUUUGAUAGAAUAUACAAACUCCCGCCCUAAUGAAUAUAGUUUGCAUAGACUUGUAUACAUACACUGUCGGAAAGUAAUUCAUUUAGCUGGGAUGAAACCUAUUAAGCUAAGUAUUUAGGGAUGAUAACACAUGGUGAAUUUUAUAACAAAAUCUAGAUAAAUACAUAUAAUAUGAGCACCUUAUCAUAAUAAAUUGGACACAAAGCAAAUUUGCCGUCAACACAGCAAUUUCCUUGUAUCGUGACGUCACGGUCAAAUGUAGUCACACAUUGACUGUAAUUUCGGACUUUUAUAUUGCUUUAUUGCAAUGGGUCUAAGGCCGCAAUUAGGCGAUCAUAGAUGUGGCCAUUUGGGAUCCUAUUUGAAAGCAAUCCUAAAAUAAUGAUCAUAUUUAUAUACGCCUAAUUUGUUACAAUUGUUGUUAUUGUAUUAUAAUAGGUUAAUUAAAUAAAAAUAAAUUAGGCGUAUAAGAUCAUAAUUGUAAAGUUAAAUUUGAUCCUCAAAUCAAACCUGAUUGACUGAUAACAUUAAUAAUAAACUUGUCAUCUAGCCUGUUCUUAUAUAUAUUUUGAAUAAUUUCAAGGGUGGCCUAAUUAGAGACCGUUGUAACAGACGAAAUACGGCAUUUCGUGAACCAAAGCCUUCCUUUGGCAGGACUCAAGGAUAGAUUUAAAAAGUGGAGCCACCAAGAUUUUUGCCAUAGACAUUUUUAGUUGUAGGUUCUCAACUUUAUCUAAAAAUAUUUGAUUUAAAUCCCCUACUUCACAAAGUUAAUAUAAAUAACUUAUAAACAAUUAUGAAUGUUGAAAAAAUAAAUUAACAUGCAAGUAGACAAGAAGUAAAAUAUAUUGAAAUACGAGUAAAACGUUACCUAUCUCGAAUUGUCUUAGUUGCCAUUACAGGUUUAGCACAGUAGUGUUGCCAGUGUGCAUGGCAUUCCCUCUCGCGUACUAGAAUAGCUCGGCUGUCCCUAUGGGCUGCCAUUGCCCUUCAAUAUCAGUCCAUCCCCAGUAUUUUGGGAGGAAAUGUCGACUGUGGAAUCUAAUCCUUUUCGUCUUCGUGGCAAGUGACCAGCGUUGGCAGCAUGGUUGCAUUUUUAUCGCCUGUUACUAUAUCUGUCACUUUCGUACUUACAUGCUUAUUAGAACGUGAUAGGCGAUAAAAAUGCGACUGUGCUCAGCCCGCAGCUUUUUGUCUCUUUUCUAAAUUUCUUAUAUUUUUAGUACAUUUUUAUUAACCCGUCGCCGACACUGAAAACCCUCCCCCACCUGCAUCAAGAAUCUGGGUAGCUCUGAGCUCCACUUCUUAAAUACAUUUUAGGAAUACAAAGAUCAAUGCUGCCAAAAGAAAACUUUGGUUCAGAGAAAGCCUACCAUUUUAUGUCGUAUACAAACGCAUCUAAAUGGGUUUUCCUAGACCAGAUUUAGGCAAAAUAUAUUUACUGUGUAUAUUCCUAUAGUACGUUCGCGUUAAGACUGCAGUAAAAUCAUCCUUGUCCGCCGGCUGAACCACGCUCAUGACUAAUCAAAUCGUUCCUAAUUAAAAAUUCAAGUUCACAGUGACCAGUUGCAGGCAUACUUUCUAAUUUGGAACGAUCUGAUUGGGUACGAGCAUCGCUAGGCCGGCGGACAAUACUGAUUUUACUGCAUUCUUAACGCGAACGAACUAUAAAUCUACCGAUAUCUAUGUCAUUGUGACAACCAUAUACGUAUUGCAUUUUAGAAACUAUACACUAUAAUAUAAUGUGGAUGUGUAGUAGCACCAAUAUAGACAAUGUGUACUCACUGUUAAAGUCAGAUUUUGAUCACAUUUUGUACCGGUUACUUAUUUACCGGUAACUUUUUUGAAUUACCACUAAGGAAUAACAUUCUUUAAAAAUAUAUAAAGAUAGUUUAUAAGGUUCUAUAAUAUCCAAAUUAAAUGUUGAAUGUGUAUGUGUAGUAGGUAAUUUUAAUGACUCUUAUUGUAUCCAAGAUAGAGCUCAUAUAAUAUUUAUACGACGUGAACGAAAGUGAGGUUGUGACGGUGUGAUUUAAAUGCAGGGAUAUUUAAUGUAUACAUGAACAAUCUUGUUAUUUAUGUACUUAUUAUACACUGUUGUUGACGAAUACUGCGUCGGAAAUUGUAGAAAUCUCGCACAAAGGUGACAAUAGUGUUUGCGAGUUAAUUCCAUGUUGGCCGAUGCGAUAUUGUUUUUACUUAUUACCUAAUCGUUCAAACUAUACUGCAGGAAUGGUACUUGCUCGAUGGCGGCACUUUUUUUUAAAAUCCCGUAAUAUACAAGGUGUAACGAAAAUAGUGCGGAUCCGUUUUAGGCCAUUUGAUUAUCGUAUUCUGAUUAGGAAAUAUAUAUAUACACCGUGUUUUUUAUUGAAUUCCGUUAACUCCGGGGUAGGGGUAAGUACGUUUAAGGAAACUAAAUGACAUAGUUAAUUUAUAUACAUAUAUCUUAUUUUUUUAAUUUCUUUACUUUUAUAAAUAGUAAUUAAAUGUUGCAUAUAGUGGUGUUGUACCACGGGCAUUACAUUUAAUUCAACCAAACAAUUGAAAACUGUGACAUAUCAAUGUCAUUUCGAACAUCAAUCGUCCGAGAUAGUACUUACGUUUAAUAGCAAAUGUACUCGUACUAAACACUGAUCAAUGUGUAAACAGGCCCUAAGGUAAGUGUAUACGCUUGUAAGGGCCUUAUAAGAUGAAAAUGAAUCAUUGAUUAUCUCCGAAAUGGAGUUAAUUAGAAUAGCGAUGUCUUUGAGAAAGUUACUUAAUUUAAAUUCAGGAAUGCACCCUUGAACUUAGCGGAAAUAAAAAAAAAGUAUAAUAUAUAUGUAUAUUUUCAACAGAAUGAUACCUAAUAUUUAUACAUUUAUAUUGUGCUGUUAAAAAUGAGAUUUUAUGAAUGAUGUUGGCAUAGUAUUAGGAAGUAAAAUACCCAUUUAGUAAUUAAGGUGAAUUCAUAUUUUAUACCUACCAAGACCCGGCUCUGAAAGAAUAAUUUGCAGAGUAGAGUUGGGCUAAGGUAAUGAAUGGCAUUUACAAUGAUAAAAUCUGGCAAUGUCAUCAAUAGGUAAUGUCAAACUCAAAAGUCGGUUCAAGUUAGCUUAGGUGUACUCUA